GCCCGGUCCGAGUCGUGGCAAACGGGUCGCCAUUUGCCGAUUGCGAGCCCUAGAAUUAGCCCCCCGAUCCCCAACUGGAGCUGAAACCUUUAUCUCGCUACUCCCUCUCCUGUCUUGUAGCUUCGAUCAGAUCCGACCUCAUCCCCGACCAAAUCCGGCCUCAGAUUCUCCUUCUAUGGUGGCGAUAUAGAUCUCUGGAUUUAAUCAGGUCUUGUGUGAGAACGGAGAGGAAAACAAAAGUAGAAGAAAUAUAAAAGGGCAAGGUAAAACCUUUUCUUUGGGGCAAUAAAGUUCUUCUUCUCAAUCUGUGGCUCUGCUGUUUGCUAUUUUAUCAAUCAGAUUUAUGUGCUGAUUCGUUGGUCGCGGAAAAUGGCUGGAGGGUUUAGAGUGCUUCAUCUUGUUAGACCUUUUCUGGCAUUCUUGCCUGAAGUUCAAAAUGCUGACAGGAAAAUUCCAUUCAGAGAAAAAGUGAUCUACACUGUGAUCUCUCUUUUCAUUUUUCUGGUUUGCAGUCAACUUCCUCUAUAUGGCAUACACUCAACUACUGGAGCAGAUCCUUUUUACUGGAUGCGUGUUAUUCUUGCAUCAAACCGUGGAACUGUCAUGGAGCUAGGAAUCACUCCAAUUGUAACUUCUGGACUGGUUAUGCAACUCUUGGUUGGAUCGAAGAUCAUUGAAGUGGACAACAGCGUUCGAGAGGAUCGUGCUCUUUUAAAUGGUGCACAAAAGUUACUUGGCAUCUUGAUUGCCAUCGGGGAGGCAGUUGCAUAUGUCCUAUCUGGAAUGUAUGGUAGUGUCAGCCAGUUAGGAACUGGAAAUGCAAUUCUCAUUAUACUUCAACUUUUCUUUGCUGGUAUCAUUGUUAUAUGUCUAGAUGAACUUCUCCAGAAGGGCUAUGGUCUGGGAUCUGGUAUUUCUUUAUUCAUUGCCACCAAUAUAUGUGAAAAUAUUAUCUGGAAGGCAUUUAGCCCCACAACCAUUAACAGUGGGCGUGGUGCUGAAUUUGAAGGUGCUGUCAUUGCUUUGUUCCAUUUACUGAUAACUCGAACUGAUAAAGUCCGUGCACUUCGUGAGGCUUUCUAUCGUCAAAAUCUUCCAAACGUGACCAAUUUGCUUGCCACAGUUUUGGUCUUCCUCAUUGUUAUCUAUUUCCAAGGGUUCCGUGUGGUGCUGCCUGUGAGGUCAAAGAAUGCCCGUGGACAACAAGGAUCCUACCCAAUUAAGCUGUUUUACACAUCUAAUAUGCCCAUCAUUUUACACUCAGCACUUGUUUCUAACCUGUAUUUUAUCUCCCAGUUAUUGUACAGGAGGUACAGUGGCAAUUUCCUUGUAAAUCUGCUGGGUAAGUGGAAAGAAUCCGAGUAUUCCGGUCAAUCCGUCCCUGUAGGUGGUCUGGCUUACUACAUCACAGCACCAUCAAGCUUGGCAGAUAUGGCGGCAAAUCCAUUCCACGCACUUUUCUAUAUAGUAUUUAUGCUCUCAGCUUGUGCACUUUUCUCAAAGACUUGGAUAGAAGUCUCUGGAUCAUCAGCAAGAGAUGUGGCCAAGCAGCUGAAGGAACAACAAAUGGUGAUGCCUGGUCAUCGGGAGUCAAAUUUACAGAAGGAAUUGAAUAGGUACAUCCCUACUGCAGCAGCUUUUGGUGGCAUGUGCAUUGGUGCAUUAACAGUUCUGGCUGAUUUCAUGGGGGCCAUUGGUUCUGGAACUGGUAUCCUGCUCGCUGUGACAAUCAUAUAUCAGUACUUCGAGACAUUUGAGAAGGAGAAAGCCAGUGAGCUUGGUUUCUUCGGCCUUUAAUCUCAAUAUUUGAGAUACCUCAACUUCGAUAAGUGCAGUCGCAGUUUUGAUUAGCUGAGACGGAUACAGGCAUGGUUUAGUGCUCUUUUUAUGAUAGGCUUUUGUGCUGCAAAACUUCUGUUGACAAGCAUACAUCGUUUUCUAGUAAUGAUACCCUAAUAUGUUUUUAUUGAAUUAUUAGUACAGUUGGAUUUGAUAUUUUUAGGAAUGACAGCUCAUGUUAGGUGGACUGCUGAUGGGUGCAAUUUUACAUCUCAAUAGAUUAUGCAGAACAAUUAUCAAAUUUUUAUAAAUGUGACAUCCAUUUGGCAAUUGAUUCCCAAGCUUUUGCCCUAAUGGAUGACAAAACUUGGCAAUACAGAUGCCAAUAAUUCAUCACCAGGUUGUG